UUUCCCAGUUCUUCAUCAUCAUCAUCUGCCUCAUUCCUUCUGCUCUGCAACUCAAUCAAAACACUCUUUUCUUUUGCAUAAACUGAAACUAAAAUCUGUGAAUCUCUAUAUAUCGGUUAUAAUUAUAUAAUCCAGAAACGCAGACGCACAUACACAUAAUUAUACGUAUAACCUAUCGGUUAUUCCUCCGAUUGUUUACUCUCCGCCCCUUGCCGCAGGGUUUAAAGUCCAGUUUUGAUUGGUAAAAUUCUACUGGACUGAUAAUCUGUCGAAUCCGCAAGGGACACUUCAAUGGGGAAGAAGAAGCCAACUCCACGGGAGGAUGGAAACACCACUGCUGUUCAGGGGGGUGGGGGUGGAAAGGCAAAGAAAAAGAACUUUAUGAUUGAUGAUGAUGAGUAUUCUGUUGGGACUGAGCUUUCUGAAGAGCCUAUUGUUCAGGAUGAGAAAGCAGCACCAGCACCGGUGGGCGAUAGGAAGAGAGGUAAAAAGAAACUUGUGAUUGAUGACGAUGAGUAUUCUGUUGGGACAGAGUUAUCCGAAGAGCCAGAAGAGAAACUAGCACCUGCCCCAGCAGGUGGUAAGAAGAAAGGUAAAAAGGGGAAGAAAUCUGGUGCCAAAGAUAAUGAUGAUGAGGAUGAAGCUGAGGAAAAAAAUAUUAUGAAAGAUUCUGAUGAAGUGGAGAACGAUGAUGCUUUGAUGAGUCAGUUUACUGGUAAAAAGAAGCCCAAGGGGAAGAAGGCUGACAGUAUGGCUGCCGCCAAGUUUGCAUUACUUGGCAGUGACGAUAAUGAUGAUGAGAGGUCGAGUGUGACCAAAGAUGGGGAUGGAGGGGGUGGUGAUAGUGAGGAAGAGAGUGAGAAUGUUAUUUCAUUUACUGGAAAGAAGAAAUCAAAGUCAAAAAAGGGUGCUGCAAACAAGUUCACUACCUCUGCAUUUGAUGCAAUUGGUGGUGAUGAAUUUGAUGAAAACGACUCAGAUAAUGAGCUGCAGUCUGAUAAUGAAGAGGAGCCAGUAAUUUCCUUCACAGGGAAGAAGAAACCCUCAAAGCCAAGUAAGAAUGCAGGUCGAAGUGUUUUCGCACCAUCUACUUUUGAUGGACUUGAUCAAGUAGGGGAUAGUGAUGAUGCUACUAAAGAUGAAGAUAAUGAAAUUCCUUCUAUCGCCUUCACAGGGAAGAAGCCAUCAAAAUCUAGUAAGAAAGCAGGUGGAAGUGUGUUUGCUGCAUCUGCUUUUGAUGGUCUUGAUGAUUUGGAGCAGAGUUCAGACUUAAGUAAGGAGGAAAAUGAUGAAGUUCCUCCUAUUACCUUCACAGGAAAGAAAAAGAAAUCUUCUAAAUCCUCCAAAAAGAGCAAUUCACUCCAUUUAAAUGAAGAAAAUGAUGAGGAUGUCAGUGAUUCUAAACUGGAUACUGGUGUAUUUGAAGAGGAUGCCACUGCUCAGGAUGAUGAUAUGUCUGAGAUUAUGUUUUCUGGUAAAAAGAAGUCAUCUAAAAAGAAGAACAAAACUGCAUUGAAUAUGCUUGACAACGAGGCCAGAGAUGAUUCAUUGGAUGCAAUUGACUCUGAAAAACCAAGCCUAGCUGAUAGUAAUAGAGAAGCUGAAGAAACAAAAAACAAAACGCAGGUUAGAGAUGAUGUGUCUGGAACUUCGAAGGCUAAGUCAAAGAAAAAGAAGGGUGGAAAAACAGUUCAAGAAGAGCAGGAUGAGAUUGACAAGAUUCUAGCAGAGCUCGGUGAAGGACCAGCUAAUCCUGCUUCUGCCCCUAGUGUACCUCCCCCUGAAGAGAAAUUACAGGUACAACCUGAACCAAAAGAUAAAACUAAGAAAAAGAAGGGUGGCAAAACAGCUGAAGAGGAGGAUGAAAUUGACAAAAUUCUGGCUGAACUGGGUGAAGGACAGCCAUCAUCAAAACCUGUACCCUCUCAUGCCCCUGCUCCCUCUUCACAAGAGGAAAAAGAUCAGCCGGAAGCAGGAGAAGAUACUGCUGAGAAGGAAACAACAGAGGGGGUGGUGGAGUCUGCAGCUGCAAAGAAGAAGAAAAAGAAGAAGGAGAAAGAAAAGGAGAAAAAGGCAGCUGCAGCAGCAGCAGCUGCACCUGUGAUAGAGGAAAAGCAGGAAGAAGUGAAAAUUGAAAGCAAAGGUAAAGUGGCUGAUAAGAAAGUCCCUAAACAUGUCAGGGAGAUGCAAGAGAGACUUGCCAGACUUAAGGAAGCUGAGGAAAAGAAGAAGAAGGAAGAGGAAGAAAGGCUAAGGAAGGAAGAAGAAGAACGUCGUCGGCAAGAAGAGUUAGAAAGGCUUGCAGAGGAAAAGAAACGCUUAAAAAAGGAGAGGGAGAAGGAGAAACUUUUGAAGAAGAAACAAGAGGGGAAGUUGCUAACAGGAAAACAGAAAGAAGAAGCUCGCAGAUUGGAAUUAAUGAGAAAGCAAAUACUUGCCAAUGCUGGGGGUUUACCAAUCCCUACCGGGGAGACUGGUAAGGAGGGAACAAAACGGCCUAAGUACCAAACAAAGAAGUCAAGGCCAUCUCAUGGAAAUGAGAAACCUGCAGCUGCGACAAAUGAAAUCACAGAAGUGAAGGAAACUCAGCAUGAAAUUGUCUCUGAGGUUGAUUCUGUGGACACUGAGAAGGUUGAUGAGGUAGAAUCAAUUAAUACAGAGGAGAAGUCAGAAGUUGCUGAUGCUGAGGAAAAUGGAAUUGAAGAAGACGAAGAUGACGAGGAGUGGGAUGCAAAAAGCUGGGAUGAUGCUGAUCUCAAACUGCCUGGUAAAAGUGCAUUUGCUGAUGAGGAGGUAGAUGCUGAACCCAAAGCUGUAGUCAGAAAAGAGCUAAAGGUUGCACAGUCAGCUGCUCGCAAUUCAGGGGCUCCAUCAGUGGGUUCCAAGCAAGCUCCUGUAACUGCACCAGUUGUAACUAAAAAUGAGGAUAGUAAGAAGAGGGAGCCAGAGUCUGAGAGUAAGCUCAAAGGAAAGGGAGCAAGGGGAGCACAAAAACCUGUUGAACUGCCUGACCAGAGUGAAACAAACCUUCGUUCUCCCAUUUGCUGUAUUAUGGGUCAUGUUGACACUGGUAAAACCAAGCUUCUUGAUUGCAUACGAGGCACUAAUGUCCAAGAAGGUGAGGCAGGAGGGAUUACUCAGCAGAUUGGUGCUACGUACUUCCCUGCAGAGAAUAUAAGAGAGAGAACUAAGGAACUAAAAGCUGAUGCCACGUUGAAGGUUCCUGGUUUGUUGGUUAUUGACACCCCAGGACAUGAGUCUUUCACUAAUCUCCGUUCUCGAGGUUCAGGUUUAUGUGAUAUUGCAAUUUUGGUUGUGGACAUUAUGCAUGGACUAGAGCAACAGACCAUUGAAUCUCUCAAUCUGCUGAAGAUGAGGAAUACCGAGUUUAUUGUUGCUUUAAAUAAGGUUGACAGGCUUUAUGGAUGGAAAGUUUGCCGCAAUGCACCUAUUCAGAAGGCAAUGAAACAACAGAAUAAAGAUGUACAGUUUGAAUUUAACACAAGGCUCACUCAGAUUGUCACACAGUUCAAAGAGCAAGGAAUAAAUACUGAAUUGUACUAUAAAAAUAAAGAUAUGGGAAAAGAUACCUUCAGCAUUGUACCUACUAGUGCUAUCAGUGGUGAAGGUAUUCCUGACUUAUUGUUAUUACUGGUCCAAUGGACUCAAAAGACAAUGGUUGAGAGACUUACAUUUAGCAAUGAAGUCCAGUGUACUGUGUUGGAAGUAAAGGUUAUUGAAGGCCAUGGGACAACAAUUGAUGUGGUACUAGUUAAUGGUGUGCUUCAUGAAGGAGAUCAAAUAGUUGUUUGUGGCAUGCAGGGACCUAUUGCAACCUCAAUUCGAGCAUUACUGACCCCUCACCCAAUGAAAGAGCUCCGAGUGAAGGGUACAUAUUUGCAUCAUAAAGAAAUCAAGGCAGCACAGGGUAUAAAGAUUACUGGACAGGGCCUUGAACAUGCUAUUGCAGGCACUAGUCUAUAUGUUGUGGGGCCUGAUGAUGAUUUGGAUGACAUCUUAGAAUCAGCUAUGGAAGAUAUGAGGUCAGUGAUGAGCAGGAUUGACAAGAGUGGGGAGGGGGUUUAUGUUCAAGCAUCUACCCUUGGAUCAUUAGAAGCUUUGCUUGAGUUCCUGAAGACUCCUGAAGUUAGCAUACCAGUUAGUGGCAUUGGCAUAGGCCCUGUACACAAAAAGGAUGUCAUGAAGGCCAGUGUCAUGCUUGAAAAGAAGAAAGAGUAUGCAACAAUAUUGGCUUUUGAUGUUAAAGUCACACCUGAAGCUCGCGAGCUUUCAGAAGAACUUGGUGUCAAAAUUUUUUGUGCCGAUAUUAUUUAUCAUUUGUUUGAUCAAUUCAAAGCCUAUAUUGAUAAUCUCAAGGAGGAAAAGAAGAAAGAGGUUGCAGAGGAAGCAGUCUUUCCCUGUGUUAUCAAGAUUGUACCUGAGUGUAUUUUCAAUAAGAAGGAUCCCAUUGUAAUGGGUGUCGAAAUUCUUGAUGGCAUUGCCAGGAUUGGAACUCCCCUUUGUAUUCCGUCAAAGGAGUUCAUUGAUAUUGGUCGCAUUGCAUCAAUUGAGAACAACCAUAAGCCUGUUGAUUAUGGAAAGAAAGGACAAAUGGUUGCCAUUAAGAUAGUUGGAUCCAAUUCUGAAGAGCAACAGAAGAUGUUUGGCAGGCACUUCGAUGCGGAUGACGAGCUCAUUAGCAAAAUUUCAAGGAGAUCAAUUGACAUACUCAAAGAAAAUUUCAGGAAAGAUCUGACUGUUGAAGAGUGGAGGCUGCUUGUGAAACUGAAGAACAUUUUCAAGAUACAAUGAGUCUUGCUUGUUUAGUACACUGUUCCAUGGAAUACUACACAAAGAGCUUAAAGGAGAGCAGCUCAAGUAAAAGUGCGGGCAUUCGUGAAUUGGAGUUGGUAUCCAACAACCGAAGUUUUGGGAAAGUCAUGUCCAGACUACAAUGAACGAGCUUUUUGUAUUAUGAUCCUUGAUACCUUGUAACAUACACAGGUGGGGAAACGAGAAUUCAUUUUGUGUUUCCAAAUUUUGAAGACGCAUAGAGUUGCCUGAAGUGAAGUGGAUGGGUGGUGUUGAAGCUGUGCUGUGCUGUGUUAGACAUGCAUAAUGCUCCCCAAUAAACAACUUUGGCAUGUGAUUCUUUGUGGAGUUUUUUGAUAUAUGAAAACCUGUUGCACAACACCUUGCCAUUUCAUCCCAUCCCAUCCCCUUAUCAGUCAGUGUAAACAAGAAGAAAGAGACACGAAGACAGUACCACCAUUAAUUUUUGCUGAUGUUUAUUAUGUCUUAGAAUUCUGAAUUCGUGAUGCUUAUAAUUUCGUAACUACUUUUUUUUGUAAACAAA